UUUCGAGUACCAAAAAAAUCAUUCUAAAAAGGACAUGAGAAACAGUACUGAGGGUUAAUUCUUAUUCUAUCUUUAUCCUUCUAUUAUUUUUUAUUCUUAUUAGCGCAUUAUUCGUAUAUGAUAUAGGAUAUCAAUAUAUUAAUAAUAAUAAAAAAAAAGACUAUAUAUAAAACCAGUAUUCCGUUUAAUUAAUUAAUUGGUUUUAGAAUGAGUCUAUAAUAGUUUCUGAAACAAAUAAGAUCAUAAAAAAAUUUUAAAAAUUAUAAAAGAUUAUUUAUCAAUUGAUAUUAAACUUAAAUAUCAAUUUUUUAAUAUUUUUCUUUGACAUUAUAUUUGAGAUGUUAAAAAAUUAUACGAUUAAAUAGCACAAAACAAAUUUGUUACACAAGUAUAGUCAAAGAAAGAAUAUAACUACAAAAUAAAACAAUAAUUUCAAAAAUAAUAAAAUUGUAUUGGAAAUUUCAUUUUUUUAAAAAAUUAAAUUUAUUAUUUAUUGAACUUGAUUAAUUGAUAAAGAAAAAUUACGUUUUAUAAUACAAAUAAAUGAAAUAAAUGAAAUUACCUCGUACCAAUAAAUGAUUAAAUCCUUGCAUUUUGAUGCUCAAAAUAUAGCAAAGAUGAUCUGGAAGAUGUCUUAGACUUCAAAGAUUAAAAAUAUUAUCCAGUGAUAGAAGAAUAUUUCUAUAUCAAUCUCUAAAUCUCACGAUGCAUUAUGAGAAUGACUACAAUAAUUAUUGUACAUGAAAACAACAGAAGGCAUAUCAAAUAUAAAAUGUAUUAGAUGCUAUUUGCUACUUUCAUGUAACUUUUCUCUAUAAUUUUACUACUAUCCGGUAAUUAAAUCACACAAUAAUUUCUAUUAAAUCGUAUAAAUGGGGGAGUCCUUUAUCCAAGAAAACUUAAUACAUUGCGUGCAAUAUACAUAUAAUGGAAUUGUGCUUAAAUGCUUAAUGAGGGAAUCGAUUUUCACUGGCCCCUAUUCCACAAACAUUUCCGUAAGACAGAUUAUUAUUUUCACUUAUCGUAUCUUCUAACUUCGAAGAAACAUUCGAUGAAAUGGGUAUGCUCAAUAUGGAAAUUCGUCAAGUACUUCAUAUUCUGGAACUGACAGGAACAUUUACGUGCACUUGGCCAAUUAAUCCGAACGACAGUAAAAAAUACAUCAUUAUUCGUAACAUCUUGUGGACAUUCACGAUAUUGAACGUGAUUUUUUUAACAAUAUCCUUGAUGCUUGCUAUUUUUCACUUUCGAAACGAUAUACCUAAAUCGAUGAAAACUGCCUCUGAGAUGGCUGCUUUGCUCGAAGUAGCUUUGGAUUUGACUCUCUGCAAAUGGAACAACAACGAAAUGCAGGUUUUGAUAGAAGAAGUCAAGUCGUUCUUGGAGAUAGCCAACGAAUACGAAAUUAAAAUAUUACAGGGAUAUAUAAAUCGAUACAAAAAGUUCUUCUCAACAGUUUCGAUGGGAUACAUCUUACCUUCGAGCUCGUUCAUUCUGAUGCCUUUGUUCUCUGCCCAAGAAUUACCCGCAGAGGGAUGGCUUCCAUUCUCCAUCGAACCACUCGGAAUAUACUGCGUAGUCUAUGUCAAUCAUGUUUACUGUAUUUUACAAACGUCAUUUUGCAUUUUUGUAGAUUUCACGAUUGUCAUCCUCUUUAGUUUUCCCGCUGCCAAAUUAGACGUAUUACGGUCAAAAUUGCGGCAUGUGAAUAAUUACGACAUGUUGGUGAGCUGUAUCAAGGAACAUCAAAAAAUAUUAGGAUUUGUGGAGGAUACUAACGCUACUGUUGAGACUUUAUUAUUCAAAACGAACGUCACGAUGGGAAGCACUGUGAUAUGCGGAGCUUUCCCCCUGCUUAACGAUCAAUCAUUGGGCGUGGUCACUCAAUUCCUUCCUCUGGUAAUGUCAGGCAUGUUGCACUUGUUCGUCAUCGCCUGGCCGGCAGACGAUUUAAGAGAAAGUAGUAUACAAUUCGCAGAAUCGAUCAAUGAUAUUCAAUGGUUGGGACAAUCAAGAAAAAUGAAAAGUUGCGUGAUUUUCAUGAUGAUAAGAAGUCAGAAAUCAUUUCUCAUUCGAAUGAAUAGUUUGUUACCACCUCUUUCUUUGGAAUAUUGUUCAAACUUUGUAACUACAAUAUCGUCCUACUUCAUGGCAAUGAGAACUAUGAUAGAAUCAUAAUAUAUCCUGGGUUGUAUUAUUUGAAUAUUAUUGCAACGUGUAAUAAAUUUAUUGCUCGAAUAGAAAGUUAUGCAAUCGUUGUGCUUUUUUUAAAAUAAAAUAUAUGAAUGAAA